AGUCGCCAUCCAUUUGUGUCCUCGAGUGUGACAGCGUGUAAUGUUUCUUAGUCCGUACUCAGUGGUAGCCCUCCGGCGAGCUCUUCACCGCUCAUUGCUUUCAUACAUUUAAGUUAAAAAACCACCAACUCUACCCCCCCGAAACAAUGGCUAUUUAAAGGCGUGCGGCGGCGAUACUUGCAGCGGCAACAACACGGCAGUGCAUCGGCGGGCCUUGGCAAUUUCUGGCAAAAUGGCGUCUCUUUUUGCAAGCACCCUCAUCUUUGCUGCCUUUGACAGCAGAACCAAGCUCCUUGACUCGUUACUACCACCGGAAUCUCCUUUACUUUUGUUCACCCCAUCGCAGCUACCAUUAACCAGCAGCAGACAUGACACUUUCUCAGUGCGCUAUGGAGGACGUGGAGGCCCUGUGCUUAGAACCCUCGUUUCAGACGGCUGACCCCAUGGGGGCCCUUCUGGACCAAGUUAAAGAAGAAGCUCUUUCUCCCUCCUCCUCUCUAGAGGGGAAGGCGCCAGCUUCGCCCUCCCCCUCAUAUUCUUCGUACGCAUCAUCCCUGUCUCCCUACUGGGCCCUCUCUCCACUUCCUUCUCCUUCUGCUGCCUAUCCCUCCUCAUUCCUGGAAACCAAGGAUGGAGCAGACUCCUUCCCAUGUCUGGUUGCCAGCAACCUGCUCGAUGCCUCUGUUGGAGCAGAUGAUGGCAACGCAGUUGAUGCCUUUGGCAUGGAUUGGAUAUUGGAGAAACACGACCUGAGUGAAUUAUACCUGAAUUCCCUCAUCGAGUCCUGCUCAGCCGAUGGUUCUCUCAGCUCUCCCGAGGCUCUCCUGGCCUCGCUCGACUCCCACAUGGAUCUCGACCUAGAAUCCUACGACGCAACCAUCUCUGCUUCGCAGGAGAGCCUUGAGCUUAGUCUGUCACUGCCUGGUGUUCCUGCUCUGCCCCUGGUGGUCCCUCUCCUUGAGGUAUCUGAGGCCAAGGAGACCGAGGUGGCUCCUGAUCAGGAGGUAGAUAUGAAGUUGGAGCCUCCUUCUCCUGCUCCCUCUCCAUCUCCCCCGUCUCCAACAUUCACACUGGAGCCAAAAAGUGAAGGGGAUGAGGAAAAAGUGGCCCAAUCUCUCACUGCCACCGUCAUCCCAGAUUCCAGCGGAAACCUUCAGGCCACCGAGUCCAUCAUUUCCUCUCUUCCCACCUCAGCUCAACUCGUGGUGGUGGUGGUCACCAACAAAGAUGAGCCUCCCCUCGUAUCUCUCCCCGAGUCACCCAGUAAGUCCUCUUCUCCAUCAAGCGACUGUGAUGACGACUCGGGAUUUGAAUCGUGGGCCGGCUCUCCUCCAUCCACUCCCUCCUCUGCAGCUGGGUCCUCCAGGACGAAGCCUUACACCAAACCAGAGCCUGCCUCUGCCUCCUCUCCCUCGUCUAAGGCCUCGAAAGUCAAAUCGGUGUCUGGGGCGCCCAAGGUGGUCGAGAAGAAACUGAAGAAGAUGGAGCAGAACAAAACGGCAGCCACUCGCUACAGGCAGAAGAAGAGGGUCGAGCAGGACCUGCUGAACGACGAGUGCCUCGACCUGGAGAAGAGGAACCAAGAGCUCGCAGAGAAGGCGGAGUCCAUCAGCCGAGAGAUUAAGUAUCUCAAGGAUCUGAUGGAGGAAGUUCGCAAGCGCCGCAACAAGACCAGUUCUGUGGCUUAAAUCAGAAUUGGGUUGUUUCCGCCCUCAUGCUCACAUGUUGUAAUAACAGAUGUGUGAAACUGGCCACUGAUUUAGAAAACGGUUAAUUCUGGAUGGGAGGUGAUGUCAUUAGUAUAGAGCAGGGGGCUGAGGGUUAGUUGGGUGAAGCAUCUGUACAUGCUCGUCUCUCAGUCCCCUGUCAGAUCCCCCGCGUGUACUCUGCGCUAAAAGCAGUACAUUUACCAACAGGCAGAGUAAAUACUUGCUUUUGUUGCUUAGGCAUGCGAACCUGUGCUUACAGUCGCUCUCAGCAUUGUUACAGACGUGAAUCUCUGCCACACUCCUUGCACCAGUCAAUAGCCUUAAAGAGCUUAGCCUCAGUAAAAUAACUCCCAUCAGCCAGGCGAGAUUAAGCCUGUACCUUUUCUUACCCACUCCUUUUUCUCCCACUGAGACCUUCUUCUAAACAACUUAAAGUCCAGUAAGGGGCCUCGAGCCUAUUCAUGACCUUUUGAUGUUAAACUUUCUUUUUUUUUCUUCCUGUGUAUAUAGUUUUCUCCUCCCUCGGUUGCUGAACUUUGCUUUUAUUUUACCUUUAUUUAACGGUGGACAAAUGUGUCACUUAGCUCAGACCUUUAGUGCAGGUGUUGGCUUGUAAAGUUGCUUUGCUCUUUUUCUAAUAAAUGUCUGUCAGUACUCAAA